ACUGCGCAUGCGCGACUUCGAAAGGAGACUAGUCGAGGUCGAACUGGGGAUUUUCUUUAUUCUUGGUUAAUAAAAAGCAACGAUGCCAGAUCAUGACAAGGAGGCAUACCCUGAGCCUCCGCGGCAGACUCCAGCUGAGAAUAAGCAGACAGCACUUCCAAACCCAGCUUUGAUUCUGUCCAAAGCCUUUUACUACGCCGUGGACGUGCCUGUCACCACAUUCAGAGAUGCUGUGGACAGUCUUCGGUCCAACAACAAGAUUGUGUACUACCACCAGAAGUUCCGCCGUGUUCCCGACCUGACGGACUGCGUGGAGGGAGACUACAUGUGUUACUACGAGGCUGAGAUGCAGUGGAGGAGAGACUAUAAGGUGGAUCAGGAGAUUGUGAAGGUGAUCCAGGAGCGUAUGAGGGCUUGCCAUCAGAGAGAAGGGGCAAGUUACCAGCAGAACUGUUCCAAGGAAAUCCAGCAGUUCACCCAGGUGUCCAAGAACUUCCAGUCUCGCUAUGGAGAUUUGGGAGCCUAUGCCAGUGGGAUGAAAUGUCUAAUGAAGCAAAAAGAGCGAAUGAUGGCUGAUCAGGCUCAGAGCGCUUAAAUCAGUUCUAUUCCUGUCCUAUGUAAUAAUUGUAAAAUAAAGUUUGUCAC